AAAUUGGAUAUCCAUAUGUAAAAUAAUGAAGUUGUACCCUUAAUUUACACCAUAUACAAAAAUUGAUUCAAAAUAUACCAAAUAUCUAAAUUUAAUAAUAAAACUAUAAAACUCUUGGGAUAAAACAUAGGUUAAAAUAUCUUCAUGAUCAGAGUAGGAUCCUGAUUUUAUUUACCUUCACGUUUCUUGGUGGAAUUUGAGAAAUGUCCUGCAUUUAAUGGCAUUUAGGCAUCUAAAUUGUGCAAAAAAGCCUGUUUCUCCAGAGAUGGUCUGAGGACUACUGCAUUAGAAUUAUCUGGGAUGCCUCCUGAAAAUGCAGCGUUCCUGGGACCUUCCUCAAACCAAUGAGUGCGAAGCUUGGGAAUCUGUACUUUAACCAGCUCUCCAGGUAUGCUGUAUAGAACUAUAAAUCAUUAGUGUGGACUAUACUUUGUAGAAUGUAUUAAGGUCUUCAGGACUUUUCGAAAAUCCGUUUUCUCAGGCCUCUAGCAUCAACUUCUGAAUCUCUCAAUAUUACGCUUUGCAAAAACCUACAAGAGAGUCGGAGCCCAGCCUGCCGGUCCCAGACUCUCGGGCGCAGGCGCAGAGCCGCCCCUUCUGGUAUGUUGCCCACUCUUCUGAUCUGCUCGGUUUUCUAACGGGUCAUCUGCUCCAGGAGAAUUAGGUACGGGCGGCUGAUCAGGCAGUGACUAGCCCCGCAUACCGAGUAGGACACAACCAGCGGUCUGAGUGGAAGAGUGUCAGCGACUCCGAGAAACUUGCAGGAACCCCAGCAUGUGAAUUGGACAUGAUUACCCGUUGGAGGAAGAACAACUAUAGAUACUGGAUCUUCAGGAAGCUGAAGAGGGAAGUGACCAAAAAUAUCUGUCUAGAUAGGGAGAUUUGAACUGAACUAAAGCAUCAACACCAAUCAGGCUAUUUCUGAAGAACUAGAGUAUUCAGGGUCAGCAAUGGAAAGUGUCAGAGGGAACACUGCCCAACGUGCUACAGAUGAAGAAGCCUGUAAAAGGGAGGGCCAGUUAUCAAGGCAGACAAAAUGUCCUAUACAGAAGAAAUCUUCUUUCGAGAAAACAGCAAUCAGAAAAGUGUCAAUGACCCUCAAAGAAAUUUUCACUAGGGAGAGAGACCCCGAAUCUAGUCUAAGCUCAAAAUUUAAUACAAAGCAGAAAAUUCCAAAGGGAACUAGGUCCCCCAUAUCUAGGAAAAACUCCAAAGAUAAUUCAGACUUAAUUAAACAUGAAAAACUUUUCUCACAGAGGAAAUCUUGUAAAUGCAAUGAAUGUGCUAAAGCCUUUAGUUACCAAUCAGACCUUAUUGUCCACAGUAGGAGUCAUGGUGGAGAAAAGCCUUUUGAAUGCAGCGAAUGUGGGAAAACUUUUAGCCGAAGUACACACCUUAUUGAACAUCAAAGAACUCACACAGGAGAGAAACCUUAUGAAUGCAGUGAAUGUGGAAAGGCUUUUAGCCGGAGUACACACCUCAGUCUACAUCAGAGAAUCCAUACUGGAGAAAAACCAUAUGAAUGUAGUGAAUGUGGAAAAGCCUUUAGCCGAAGUACUAACCUUAGUCAACAUCAGCGAACUCAUACUCAAGAAAAACCUUACAAAUGUAAUGAAUGUGGGAAAGCCUUCAGUGACCGUUCAACCAUAAUUCAGCAUCAACGCAUACACAGUGGAGAGAAUCCCUAUGAAUGCAGUGAAUGCGGGAAAGCUUUCAGUUGGAUCUCAUCUCUUAUUGAACAUCAGAGAACACACACUGGGGAGAACCCCUAUGAGUGCAGUGACUGCGGCAAAGUGUUCAGUCGAAGCUCAUCCCUUGUUGAACAUCAGAGAAUUCACACCGGAGAAAAGCCCCAUGAGUGUAGAGAAUGUGGAAAGGGCUUCAGUCGGAGCUCCUCCCUUAUUAUUCACCAGAGAACUCAUACGGGAGAGAAGCCUUAUAAGUGUAAUAACUGUGGGAAAGCCUUCAGUCAGAGUUCAACUCUCAUAAGACAUCAGCAGCUUCACACUAAAGAGUAAUAUCUGAGCUUUCAUUAAUGUUAGCACAAGAGCACAUAGCAUAACCUCCCACAACUGAAAAGAAACAUACAUACUUGUCUGAAUUUUCCUUCCCUACUAGCUAGCUAUAAGCCAGUUUCAAGUUAGCCUGCCUUUCAUUUUGUAAACUAAACGUUCAAAUGAGUGAUCAAUCCAAAAAGGGGGUGACUUUACAAACCGAACAUAUUCAACCUAAUAUUCUGUAGGACUCUAAUCUUAUAAUAUACAGCUACCUAACACUUGCAGUUCCUCACCUUAUCUGUUCCAUGAAGCUUGGUCCCUGAACAACCAGCGAACCAUCUCUUUC